AAGGAGGAGAAGGAGGAGGAUCCGUAGCAAACGUUUGAAAGGAAUAGUGACGUUUUUUUGUGGCCAGCUCCGGAGAAGGAGUACGUGGAGGCGCGUUUCCCGUUAAAAGGGUCUCGGCUUGGAUCGUACGCUGCCAGGGGAGCCGUCUCCACGAUGAGGAGCGACCCUCUUCUGUUCACUUCCAACAUGGCAAUGGAGGAGCUGGUGUGUGAGCUUCGUCUAUUCUUGGACCUUUUGGACAGGGAGUACCUGAGUGCAGGGAUUCGAGAGAAGAAGAUGCACCUUUCCAACAUCCUCAACAGAGUCUUGUCAGAUAAAGAAUCUUCAUUCAAGUCAGAGAUCCACAGUAGUCUGCCAGUCCCGCCUCAGAUGCCCCUCCCUGAGAUUCCUCAACCCUGGCUGCCUCCAACUGGCCCUCCUCCUCUGCCCAGUUCCUCUCUACCCGAAGGCUACUAUGAGGAAGCGGUUCCUUUAAGUCCUGGAAAGACUCCUGAAUACAUCACUGCAAACUAUGACUCCGAUGCUAUGAGCAGCUCCUAUGAGUCAUACGACGAGGAAGAAGAGGAUGGUAAGGGCCAGAAGAUGCGUCACCAGUGGCCAUCUGCAGAGGCGUCCAUGGACCUGGUGAAGGACGCAAGGAUCUGUGCAUUCCUUCUGCGCAAGAAGCGCUUUGGCCAGUGGGCCAAACUCCUCUGUGUCAUCAAAGAUAACAAACUGCUGUGUUACAAGUCCUCCAAAGAUCAAGCACCCCAGAUGGAGCUGACCCUGACAGGGUGCACAAUCACCCACAUCCCCAAAGACGGCAAGAAGAAGAAGCACGAACUCAAGAUUAUCCACCAGGGAGCAGAUGCUCUGGUGCUGGCUGUGCACAGCAAAGAACAGGCCGAAGAGUGGCUUAAGGUGAUGAGAGAGGUGUGUGUGAAUGGGGGUGUAGACUUUGAUAGAGCUGGAUCUGGAUCCCCAGUUCAUAAACCCGAACUGGAAAAGAAGUCUUCGUGUGACAGGCCAAGCUCUGAUGGGGAAGCGACUCAUGAGAACGGACAGGGCGACCAAGCAAAAGGAAAGAAGAAGUCUGAGCAGAAGACUGGGACAGUAGGGAAGGGGGCAGGGAAGAAGAUCACUAAAAUAAUUGGACUGGGUAAGAAGAAGCCAUCCACAGAAGAGCAGACCUCGUCAGCAGAAGAAGAAGUACCCUUGUGUGGCUACCUGAACGUGUUGUCCAAUAACCGCUGGAGGGAGCGCUGGUGUCGCUUGAAAGACAACCAGCUGCUCCUCCAUAAGGACCGCGACGACCUUAAGAGCCACAUCGCCUCGCUGCCCCUACGAGGCUGCGAGGUCAACCCCGGCCUCGAUCACAAGCACCCCUUUGCCUUCCGCUUGCUUCGUAAUGGCCAGGAGGUUGCUGUGCUGGAGGCCUCCUCCUCUGAAGAGAUGGGCCGCUGGUUGGGUAUUUUAUUGGCUGAGACCGGAUCCACCACGGACCCCGCCACUCUGCACUACGACUACAUCGAUGUGGAGACCACCGCCAAUGUCAUCCAGCUGGCCAAACAGUCCUUCUGUUUCACGAGUAAGCGCGCUGUCUCUCCUAACCCAUACCUGGACAACCCCAUCAAUGGCUAUGCCUGCCCCACUGGAAUGGCUCUGCACUAUGACGAUGUGCCCAUUAAUGGAACGGACCCGGGUGUGCAGUACUCCAGUCCCAACACAAGGGGGGGGCAGCUGAAAGUGGAUGUGCACUAUGAGAAUGCUGAGCUCUAUGAGAACAUGCCAUCGUCCAAGCUGGACAUUUGCUAUCCUCCCAAGCCUUCCUCUUCUUCCUCUUCUUCUGCCAGUCACUACAAAAGUCCUGUUUCUAAAGUGUCUUCUAAAUUCCUGGCUGCUGAUACUAAAACCAAAGCCACUGCUCAGAUGAAGGGAAAGAAGGGCACAGGGACCAAUGGGAUGGCAUCCAAACUAAAGACCGAGCCAAAGAACCAGACCAAGAAGAAUGGGGUCAAUGGGACCAGUGGGACAGCUUCCCUGAAACGGAACGGCUCCAAUGUGGAGCAGUGCAAGUACGGGAAGAACCGGGUGGAGGCUGACGCCAAGCGGCUGCAAGUCAAGGAGGAAGACCUGAUGAAGAAGAAGCAUGAGAUCAGGACCCAUCUGACCUACCUAAAGAAGGAGAGGAGAGACCUGCGCACUGCAGUGGAAGCUGCUGCUGGCAAACGUUCUCACACCUCGCUGUUGGAGCGACUGAACAAGGUGGAGGAGGACUGCAGGCAGAAGGAGCAGGAGCGGGUCAACAUGGAGCUGGAGAUGACUGAGGUGAAGGAGAGCUUGAAGAAAGCUCUGAGCGGCGGGGUCACCCUGGGCCUCACAAUUGAACCAAAAGCUGGCUCCUCUGGAAUUCAGUCCCCUGCAACGCUGCGACGGGCCCAGGAGUCUUCUUCCUUCUCCAGCUGCAGUGACACAGAGUCCUGCUCCCUGCCGGUCAACAGCGCCUCACUCCUUCGCCGGCAGCAGGGGGGCCAGAAGGCCUCGCCAGUCCGGGGACACGUCCUCAGGAAGGCCAAGGAAUGGGAGGAGAAGACUGGCACAUAAGCCAGGCUGCCCCUCACUUUAGUUUAAUUUCAUGUUGUCAUUUUCUUUUAAGAAAUUGUGCAUAUAUUUAUUUAAAACUGUCAACAAAAUCAUUCACAUUGUCAGUGUCACAAACCUUCACAUUUUUUGUCACUUGCCUUACAUUGAGCAUGCUUAGUGUAAUAAGUUGUGCCGUCUGCUCCACUUUAUUUUCAGUCAGUGGUUUUUAUUAAGUGUGGGUUCUAAAUGCAAUAUUAAAAAACAGUAUUUAUUUGUAAAUGUUUCGAUACUAGCUUCCCCCUUUUAUUUAUGUUGGUGUAUUUAAAGUUAUUUUUGAUGAAUUUGUGGCGCCCAUGAAAUCCCGUAACCUACACUGUCAUGUCAGCAUCAGCAAACAAAGUACAUCACAACAAUCAUUCCCAGCACUAGAUCCUCGCCAUUUCAGAAAACACAAUUAUAGUCAAGAUCAUCCGAGCUGUAAAAAAACAAAUUGAUCACGGAGGUUUAUGUGUGUUGUUGCAGAAAAGUAACCUCUUCUAUGCAACAUUACACAUUGAGACAUCCAAUCAAUCAAUGUAUUAAUUUUACAUGGCCAUGUUGAUGCUUCUGCUUUCAACCAGGAUUCACACGCUUCCUAUACAGGUGAAACUCGAAAAAUUAGAAUAUCGUACAAAAGUUCAUUGAUUUCAGUAAUUCAACUAAAAAGGUGAAACUAAUAUAUUAGUUUAUAGACUCAUUACAGGCAAAGUAAGAUAUUUCAAAUCUUUUAUUUGAUAUCAUUUUGGAUGAUUAUGGCAUACAGCUUAUGAAAACCCCAAAUUCAAAAUCUCAGAAAAUUAAAAUAUUACAUGAAAUCAAUAAAAAAAGGAUUUUAAAUACAGAAAUGUCAGCCCUCUGAAAAGUAUAAUCAUGCAUAUGUACUCAGUACUUGUCACUUGGUGUUGGAAGACCAAGAUGCUUCAAUAGCGGCCUUCAGCUCUUCGGCAUUGUUUGGUCUCAUGUCUCUCAUCUUUCUCUUGUCAAUGCCCCCAUAGAUUUUCUAUGUCCGGGUUCAGGUCAGGCGAGUUUGCUGGCCAAUCAAGCACAGUAAUACCACGGUCAUUGAACUAGGUUUUGGUACUUUUGGCAGUGUGGGCAGGUGCCACGUCCUGCUGGAAAAUGAAGUCGGCAUCUCCAUAAAGCUUGUCUGCAUGAAGUGCUCUAAAAUGUCUUGGUAGACGGCUGCGUUGACUCUGGAUAUAAUAAAGCACAGUGGCGCAACACCAGCCGACAUAUUCUAAUUUUUCACGUUUCACCUGUACUUACUAAAAAGGACAAUGGUAAGAAGGAUAGGUUCCUCAAACAAAUCAGACUGGACAAUUAACAAAGCUUUUUAAUGGAUUAAGGACAUAAUCAACCCCUCACUGAAAGCUGUUUACCAUUGGAAGCCCCCGAGUAUUCAAAGUCACCCAGUUUUAGCCAUACUGUUUCAGAGGUAAAUGAGUGUGUGUUUCUCUCAAUGGUCCCUUGCAGCAGCACUCUAGAUCUAAGGGGUGGAAGAAAGCUCAACUGGCACGUCUAAUCCCGCCACUGGUUUAUUGUAGUCCUGCAUUCUAAUUCUGUGUUUGUGUGUAUGCGUGGGCGUGUGUGUGUGUGUGUGUGUGAGUGUGUGUGUAUGGGAAUGCUUUGGAUGCUUUAGAAAUAAACAUGCUGUUAACUCAAGUUGUGUAUUCUGCUAAAUUCAUGAUUGUGACUUUAAUUUUCAGUCAUACACAAACAUGUCAAAAAUAAACAGUGUUUGUGACAUAGAAACUAAUGUGUGUGGUUGUGUGCGUCACAAACGUAAAUGUUUUUUCAUUGUUAUGGUGACACUGGAAUACGUACAUGGUGCUCUGUUGGGGUUGCUCACAGUAUGGCGAUUGUGUUCACUAAAGUUAGAGUUUGGAAAUCAACAUGUUCAGGACAGGAGCCCCAACUGCACCUCGCUCGCAUCAAUAUUUUCACAUUGAUAUAGCAGGAAGAAAGAAUUGUGUGUGUGUGUGUGGGGGGGGGGGGGUUCUAGCUACACGUGUCUUGUUGCCCUUUUGGCUCAGCGAGGCUUAUAACCGAGCAAGAUGGCUGAUGUCAGUUAAUGUGAAGCUGCUGUAGAUAGCUUGGCUUUGUGUGUUUGUUUUUGCACCUUAUACAUUUUUUACUUUGUUAUAUAUCUCAGACACUCUCCGCCUUGGUGACAGACAAACUUGUGUAUAUGAUAAUAAACUCCCCAAAAAGUGA